AUGGGUGAAAGCCAACGAGAUUCUCCCGCCUUGUGCCGAGAGACAUCAUGGAGUGGGUGGUUGGCCGUCCUCGUACUAUGGACCCACGGCUUCAUCUGGGUAGGAAUCGUCAAAUCCCUGGCGAUGAUGCUGCCUGUGUUGAAGGACCAGUUUGAUUCAGAAACCUGGAUCCUUGGUUGGAUGAUAGCGAUGAUACAAGCCAUGAAUGGAAUAACAGGUCCAUUUUCCUCGUCACUGAGGGACAAGUUUGGAGCAGCCUGGGUGGUCACUGUGUCCGGGGCUAUGAUCGCGGCGGCCGUUAUCACUGGUUCGUUCGUACAGACUGCACUCCAAGAAGGAAUGGUUUAUAUGCUAUUAGCAGGAGCGGGUUAUGGUGUAUCCAACGUUCUGACCAAGGAUGCUGUCGGCCGUCUGUUUGAUAAGAAUUACGCGACGGCUGUCGGCGUGGCCCGGACCGGCUACUCGGCGGCCCUCUUCGUGUUUGCGCCGCUCGUCCAGUUAUUCCUCGAUACGUACGGCUGGAGAGGGACCAUGCUACUGUUGGGAGGCAUCACCAUGCAUCUGGCGGCUUGUGGCGCCCUCUUGCGAAUUGCUGACAAACCAACCCAUCGUGAGGGCUAUCAAACGCUCAACUCCUCGCCAGAAACUAGCUCGGGACGCAACAACAUUUUGAAGUCGUGUGGAAGGUUUCUUAAAAGCAUCGUGAUGAACUUGAACUUGGGUUUGUUGAGCAAGUUCAGUUACUGGUCGGUGUAUGUCAUUUAUGUCACCUCCAAGUACGCCAUCGACUCCUGGGUGAUCUAUUUUGUGUCACUGUCGCAGUCGUGUGGGCUGUCGCUGGAGGAAGCCGCGACAAUUGUGACGGUCGCUGGGGUCGGCAAUCUGCUAGCCAAAGUCGGACAAGGGAUCGUGACAGACAGAGGCAUCCUCCCUUAUUGGGUGCUGCUAGCCGUAGCCACUGCCAUUAGCGCAGCUGCAUUCUGCGCCACUCCCUGGUUGGCCACGUAUUGGACGUUGAUGGCGUCUGCCUUGCUCAUUCUCAUCGCAGACGGUGUUGUUAGCUGUCUGAGUGACGUAUUGACCAAGCAAGUUAUUGGCGUGGAGUUGCUGGCUAGCGCUUACGGGUGGAUCGGGAUCCAAAACACGAUCUGCAGAUUCACUCUUGGUUUUAUUCCUGGUUUGAUCUUUGACACAACCGGAAGUUACAGCGCCGCCUUUGUUUUCAUCGGUUGUCUGCAGCUCAUAUCAUUGAGUCUCCUUUUUGCCCUGCGAUAUUUUAAACACGUCAAGUGA